GAUUCUUACCAUUCAUCAUUCUGGUCGCGAUUCGUCCGAUUUGUAUCCGUGCGUGCGCGUUUGCUGUGUUUAUGAGAACGUCCUUGGGAAAAUUUUCAAACAACCUUUAGUGCGACAAAGAAAAGUAGGCGAAGAACGUCGCGCCUACUUUGUGCGAUAUCAAACAACAUCCGUGCCAUUGUAAACAUCAUCCUCCGAUUUUUGUUAUCCUCUAGUGAUGUUCAUUGUGAUGUGGCACAAUCUCCAAUAAAACAUAUUAUUUGAGUGAACGUGGAAUACUUUACCCAGAUCAGUGACAUUGAUGAGAAUUGAUCAUUGAUAUAGCGUCGAAAGUGCUAUCAGACCUUAUAGAUGAAGGUGUAAACAGGGCUGUCCUAAAAUUCCAGGUAUCUUACAUGUCUAGGCCAUCGCCAUUGUCGUGAUUAUUUUUAGUCCCGUGUUUACGGGCACCUGCGAGUGACCUAUCACUGUGAACUCGUAAAGCUCGGUAAAAAAAACUAGCAGGAUAAAUAAAAGUUUUAGUGCAGCUCAGUUAAUACUCUGUGUCGCUGAGAUCUGAAAUGAAAACAGCAUCAACUCAUCGAACAUAUCGAGUGUGAAGCAUUACGUAAACGUGUUGAGUGUCGACCAUAGGAGAAUAGACACAGUAGAGCAUCCUGCACUGUAUGAUAAGACGUUGAGAAGAAAAAAAGUCAACCACAACGAGCGUCAUAACGUCCCGACGUCGCGUCGCACGCGAAAAACUUCCCUACAGUAGUGUGCUAGGCAGCGCAAAAAAAAACUGUAAAUUCAUUAAUCCAUUCAUGCGAAUGGUAUUGGUGUGUGCGAAAAGUAAAACCUAGAGCACGCGGUUACCGACGACAAUGACGGCCAAAGCGACAUCAGUUGUAUUACGACUUGGGCUCAGUGCACUACCCGCGGCAGGAUCCUCCCGGAUUGUGAACGAAGGCAGUGCCCUGCGUCCUCUAUUGCACCUCUGCGGAUUCCUGGAAGGAAUUAGUUCGCGUAGUACCCGGUUAGGAGCCCGGCAGUGGCAGUGCGUUCGGCUCUACUCGAGAUAUUCCGCCAACAGAAUCAUGACCGGCACGGAUACCUUCCGAUUUUCGGACUAUGACUGUAUUGGAUUUGACUUAGAUAACACCUUAUUGCGAUAUCAGAUUGGCAAUAUGAUAGAGCUCGAGUACGGUGUUAUGUCUAAGUUUCUGGUUGAAGAACGAGGAUAUUCGGAAAAGUAUCUUCUGCAGCCACCCGACUUGGAUUUCCUGCAGAAAGGUUUGAUCAUCGAUUUCCAGCGUGGCAACAUUCUGAAGCUUGGCCCAGAUGGAACGAUUCACCAGGCCACGCACGGAACUAAGAAGAUGGCAGAAGCCGAGAUCAUUGCCUAUUAUGGAGAUGACAAAAAGUGGGAAAUCACUUCCGAGUAUUGUGAGAACAUGCUGGUGGCUUGGAAUGGGCCUUUAUCGGAGAAGAUUCGAACGGUGCUAGAUUACUUCGAUAUCUGUUCAACGCUUUUGUUCGGCAGAAUCAUUGACACUCUCGAUGAAGAAGCUCAUGAAAGAAUUGGUCAUUAUAACAUUUGGCCGGACAUAUUGGAUUCUCUCAUCCACAUGUACUCCCGUGAACAUUUCGGUCAAGGUGUGGGCGGUUAUUUCCAAGCCUUAAAACAAAACCCAGAAAAGUAUCUUCAACGGUCAUCUCCGCAAUUAAUUUCCUGGCUUCGGGAAUUGAAGCGAUCAAAAACUACCUUUCUUGUAACGGGUUCGCAUGCCGAUUUUGCUGAUUUCACUGCAUCAUACGCAUUGGGGCCAAAUUGGCGUGAACUUUUCGACGUCGUAGUCGGGUUUGCAAAGAAACCCGGUUUCUUCACUGGUGCCAAACCGUUCGUUCAGUUGGAGGGUACGGUUGAAACGGAACCGCUAAUUGCUUCGCAACUAGAGCGAAACCAAAUUUAUUCACAGGGAAACUGGCGCGACCUCAGCCUGCUGCUGCAACGCGUCUCGCACAAGGAACACCCCCGCUUUUUGUACGUGGGAGAUAAUCUCAUCCAGGAUGUCUACACGCCUGCCAAGUUUACAAAAGCCGACGCGGUUGCAAUAGCGGAGGAAAUGGCCGCAGAAGGAAUGAAGGAUCAACCCGAACACUUGCAUCCGGAUGCGUGUUAUUUGCAGUCCAAUUUCUGGGGAUCCUACUUUGCUGCCAGUGCGAACCCGCAGCUCGAGGAACCCUCGCUGUGGGCUGACCUCAUAAAACGGUACGCGAAAAUUUGCGUACCGAACAUGGACGAGGUGGCCAGGUAUCCGAUCGAUCAUAGUUACAAUAGCUUCACGGAGAGUGAAAGUUGUGCUGACGGGUAUUAUCCGGCAGAGCCUAUGAAGCUGGUUAACUAGGAUAUGGAUAAUUAAUUGCGCAAACAAUGAUGCACAAAUUCCUCCACCAGUGCUCCACAUGGGAAAAAUUAAAUUGCGCGUUCCUCAGUCGGAACGGUUGACCGCUCAAAAAUUGAAUUCAACUCGUUUGUUUAAAACUCAUAUAGCAAUGUAGUCACCCACAAUGUAGGCCCCUCGCAGAUCGUGUCAUCGUCCGCCAAUGCAAACGUAUACCUAAUUAAAUCAAACAAUUCGCGUUGAUGGUCACUAACAGCGCGGUCCAUCUGAUGAGAGGAGCCCUCCGUUAAAGAUUUAUUAUGUUGUGACAGUGCGCCGCACAUUGAACCAGCUCCCUUGGAAACUGAUGUCACAUUUCGCACAACGGGGGUUAUAUUCUUACACGGGAAGCUCGUGCCUCAUCGUAAACCAGAGUAAAUAUUUUUUUCAAAUUCGAUUUGCACGAGCUUCAGCACGUAGGCAGUUGGUGCCUGCUUUAAGCCUCUUUAAAGCAAGUGGAUGGUUUGUAUUGCGUUCAUCGGAGGCUUAAACGCCCGAAGGGUGUUAUGUGAAUGUUUAUCGACAAUAACUCUUGCUGUACCGCUAAGUAUCUGUUGUAAUGUAGACCAGGGAUUGUUUUUUGUUUCGAAAAAUUCUAGCGUAAUAUAUUUAUUUCUUUUUUAAACCUGCAAGGGUAAGAAAAAAAACCGUACUAUCACCCGUUAUAAUAGCUCUCAAAGAGUUUUGUUUUUGUCCACAUAAUGUAGGUAUUCUAUUUUGUUAGAUGACGACUUUCAUAAACCAUGUAAGGAUAAGUCGAUAAAUGCGGUAGAUACUAAAACAAAUAGAACAAGACGUUGCAGAAUUUUUAAUUGAAACAGCGACAAAAGUUUGACAUAACAUCACGUUAAUAAGAUUUAAAAUCUCAUUCAUUGUGCUAUAAUAGAUGUGAUGGAUAUUUACUGGUUGAAAUCCACUGCUGAAAUAGUAAACGGAGAAGUCAGUAAACAACAUAUUGUUUCAAAAUGCUUGUAAGCCAAAAAGUUAUAUAUAUAUAGAAAUAUUCAUAAACAAUAAAGAUGUCUAGCAGAUUUA